ACGUCAUAUCCGCGCGCUCCUCCUCCUUGGCGUAGAAUUUUCCUGGUGUUACCCUGAACUAUGCCGAAAGUAGUGUCGCGGUCGGUAGUUUGCUCCGACACCCGGGACCGGGAGGAAUAUGACGACGGCGAGAAGCCCCUCCACGUGUACUAUUGUUUGUGCGGCCAGAUGGUCCUCGUGCUGGAUUGUCAGUUAGAGAAAUUGCCCAUGAGGCCACGGGACCGAUCCCGUGUGAUUGAUGCUGCCAAACAUGCCCACAAGUUUUGUAACACAGAAGAUGAGGAGACUAUGUAUCUUCGGAGGCCUGAAGGCAUUGAGCGACAAUACAGGAAGAAGUGUGCAAAGUGUGGACUGCCACUCUUCUACCAGUCCCAGCCAAAAAACGCUCCUGUGACCUUCAUUGUGGAUGGAGCAGUAGUCAAGUUUGGCCAGGGUUUUGGGAAGACGAAUAUAUAUACUCAGAAACAAGAGCCUCCUAAGAAGGUGAUGAUGACCAAACGAACUAAAGACAUGGGCAAGUUCAGCUCUGUCACUGUGUCGACCAUUGAUGAAGAGGAAGAGGAGAUUGAGGCUAGAGAAGUUGCUGACUCAUACGCACAGAAUGCCAAAGUGAUUGAAAAACAGCUGGAGCGCAAAGGCAUGAGCAAGAGGCGACUACAAGAGCUGGCUGAACUCGAAGCCAAGAAAGCAAAAAUGAAGGGGACUUUGAUAGACAACCAGUUCAAAUGACCAACACCUUUCUCUGAGCCCAGAUUAGAGGCAAGCAUUUAGAUGAGGAAGAAAAGUAACUUCUUGAUUACAUGGACCGAUUCCUUUUUAUGCCCCAGCAGAAGGCUUAAAAGUUGCUUCCCACUGAUUCUCCUACAUUUAGUGAGAUCUUGAGCUGAGUCCAUUUGACCUGCCUCCUGGAUGAUGGAUCUUUCUAAAUCAUUUUUGAAUAUAGGUUUUCUGAACUAUUUUUUGUACAUUUGAUGUAAACUUCAGCUAUAAAUAGAAGCUAUGAAUAGA